AUGCUAACCACGCACCCUGUUGAGUUCAGCAUCCUGCUGGUUCAUAUCGCCUCCAAGUGCCUCUACUACAACCUGCUGAUCCGGGAGCUUUGCUCCCUUAUAAUGAAGGAUGUGGACAUGCCAAUAGCAGAAAGUAGCCAUGCAAUCUCCAUCAGAGGAGUUUUCGGGCGCACGGGUGGCUCUCCUCAACUGCGGUCCCCGAGGAGCCAUUGCUUCUCUGCUCCCAUCAGACCAAAUUCACAACCAUACCGACUGGACAUUGGAACAUCUGGGACCUAUUCAGAGCCCAGCACCUUGGACUCCCAGUCUUCGACCACCUUGUUCCUCUCCUCCGAGGACCCAGGCCCCUCCACCACCGCGCUUCCUUCUCCCUCGUCGUCCUGCGAGCCCCAGGCGUUCUCCCCGGGGCCCUCGGUGCUGCCCCCGCUGCUGCCGCCGCUCCCCGCCGCCCCUGCGCCUCCCGCCUCGGGCUCGGGCGCCCCCCGGCGCGCCGGCCUCUACUCGGUGGUCGCCUCCUCCCCGGAGGGAGCCCCGCGCCUCGUCGACUGGCUGCCCGGCUGCCCCUCGACCACCCCUCCCGGCGUCCGCGGGGAUGAGCGUGAUCGGCCGGCUACCUGCGCCCCGCGCCCGGGUGCAGCAGGCAGGGAGGAGGGCGCGGAGGACCCGGGCGCUUCCCCGCCGCCCUGCGCCCGGCCCGCCGCCGCCGCGACCUUGGAAGCCAGCGUCGGGGACAUCCUGGUGGAGUUGCGGACGAUGAAUGGCCACCUGGACGUCAUAGCGAGGGCCCUCACCAAACUGGCCUCGUCCCUGGGGCCGCAGCCGCAGCCGCAGCCGGAUGCCCCGGAUGGCAACUGAUGGAGCUGCCCCCGGACCGUGUAUCCGAGCCGCGCAGUAAAGGGAUCCCGAAUGCGCCAGGCAUCCCUGCCUGUGUCACCCCUGAGCCUGGCGAACCCAGCAGAGGACGGAAUUACUCUGCUCAACCUACUUAUGGGAAGGAAUGGCCCUCCCCUCGCAUUUCAAUCUGAAAUUCUGGUGCUUUUCACACUCUCUACCAUGCCAGGCUCGUUCUCAGCUCUCUCCCGCCUGCCCCACUCCUGGGAGCUCUCCUGGCCCUUCAGGUGUCCUUCUCUUGUUUUGGAGAAGGCCUUGAGCUCCUGGCAGGACAAGUGCCCGAAGAUUGCGGUGGGACCCUGGGCAAGAUGCUCAGAGAACCGUCCUUUCCCGACCCACAUUGGUGACUUCUGAGUCCUGUGGAGGGAAGGCAAGUGCGAAGCAUGUUACAAAGUCAGUCGUUCAAGGGCAGCUCCGGUGUUCCUUUCUUGAGUUGUUGAUGUGGUAUCUGAUCUCUGGUGACUUUUACACAUUUCUUUAAAAAAUAGUUUUGGGAAAAGAAGUUUAUUUUUUCCCAUUAUAACCACAUUUCAAGAGGUUUGGAAAAUAGAGAAGUGAGAAAAACCUGAUGUAUUUGGAGAAGGGGGGUAUUUAAGUCUUUCUUAAGAAUAAGAAAGUAGUUUGUGUAAUA